AUGUCGCAAUCGCAAGGAAUCUUGAGCAGCGCUGUUGAGACCAUCAAGGACGCUCUUCAUGCCGCCGUUUACGAGCCGGAAAAGAUCGACGACGCUCGCGAUGAGCUUAAAGACAUGGUGGACGUUCUUGCUGAUAAGGCAAGUCCAUUUCGGAACGUUCAUCACCAUUAAAAUUGAAUUUACAGGCUAAAGACAUCCGAGAAAACGCCAGCGGAACUUGGCAAGAACUGAAAAGCCAAGCCAGCGAAACAUACGAUGAGGCAAAGGAUGCAGCUCAGGAAGGCAAAGAAGAGCUGAAGGCAACAGCUGGCAAGGCUUGGAACGAGGCCAAAGGCACGGCCCAAGACGUGAAAAAAGAUGCCGGUAAGGCAGUCGAUGAAGUCAAGGACAAGGCCGGAGACACUGUGGACGGAGUCAAGGACUCCGCUAAAGACUUGAAGGACAAGGCUUCCGAAAAGUGGGACCAAGCCAAAGACGAAGCUUCUGACAAGGCCGGAGAGGUGAAGGACAAAGCCUCCGAGAAGGCUGACGAGGUGAAGGAGAAAGCCAGCCGCGCGGGUGGUUUCAUGAUGGGCCACGACGAGGAGUCUGCAGCUGAAAAGGUACUGUCAUUUCAUCAAAUUAUGCUCAUUUCACGUUUCAGACUCGCGAGCUGAAAGACAAGGCUUCCGACAAAUGGGAGGAAGUUAAGGAAAAAGCUUCUGACAAGGUUGACGAAAUGACCUCUAAGGAUUCUCGCGACUCGGCCAAGCAAGCCGUCGACUCGGCUGCAGACAAGGUAUAGUUCUUUUUAAUCUGCAAUCGUCGCUAAGGCGAAGUAAUUUCAGGCUAAAGAUCUCCGCGACCGUGCUGAAGACAAGGUCGAUGAUGCGAAGGAAACUGCCUCGAAGAAGGUCGACGAAUACACGUCAAAGGAUUCGCGAGAAUCUGCCAAGCAGGCAGUCGACUCUGCAGCUGAUAAGGUUUUCAGACCGCGGGCACGAGAUGAGAAAGGAAAUUUUGAAUUCUAGGCUCAGGACCUGAAGAACAACGCCGAGAGCAAGUGGGAAGAUGUCAAGGACGAAGCCUCCGACAAAUGGGAAGAUGUCAAAGACAAGGCCUCGGAAAAGGCAGAGGACAUCAAAGAGAAGGCUGAGGACAAGUGGGAGGAUGUCAAAGGUUCAGCUCGUGACGCUACCUGUUCUGCUGAGCAGAAGGUUAGCUUCCUUCGGAAAAGGCUUUUAGUAAGAUAUGACACGGUAGAUUGAAUUGGAAUUCAAGUUUUUAACUUGGCAUUCUUUUGAAAUUGACUUAAAAGUUAUAUGUUUGCUUCUGAGUAUUUUAGAUGGGUUUCUAACUUAUUACGUAUCCGGUCUUUUUUCUUUUUUCGAGCGUAAAAGGUAGUAAAAUUUUUCAAAAGGAACCUGAGCAGUUUUUCGAAUUAUGUUUAAAUUUAGCCGAGUUUACAAUCUUUUUUUUUCAGCUCGAGGAGAUCAGGGAGAAAACUGGCGAGCAGAUCCUUGCGGCCUCAAAUCCAAUCGAAGGCUUCUAG